AUGACCGAAGACAAAAAGAAACCAGAGAUGCCAAACAUCAUGAGCGAAGCAUCCAUUCUAGGCCCAGAGUGGAUCGGUCUAUUCCAAUCCCCAGUUGAGUUCAAGAGUGAGCACUUUGAAGGUGCUAUGGAAAACCUGAUAAAACAGCCAAACAUUAACUCCACGGUGAUCUUAAGAGCAGAUAUCCUAAUAGAAAAUAAGUAUGAUUAUACCGAAUCUGAACCAAAACUGUCAAAUUUUAAAAGUGAACUAGCAGAUCAAAAACCAGACAUACCGACAACUUCAGAAAAUGAGGUGAUAAUAGAGAAAAACUUGGAUGAUAUUGAUCUGAGGAGUAUCCCAUUAGCUUUGAAGUCAAGACCAAAAGUUGAAAUUGUGAGAAGGAUUGUCCCGAGAAAUCCAUUCAAAGAUGCCAUUAUAAAUCAAACAUGUUUAGUGCUUGAACUCAAAGAUGAGGGUGAGGAACAGUUUGAUUCCACUUUGAUUGUCUAUAAUCCACAUAUUGAUGAUUCAGAAGACUGUCCAUUUUAUUUGCCUGGUGUUCAAGCUGUUGGUAUUCUAUACAGAAAAGGCACAUUAUCAUUACAUUACUUACCAUUUGGCUAUGAAGAUCCCCAAAACAUACAGAAUUUCAAAGAGUUAGAUCCAAGUGAUCGUAAUAUUAGAAUUGCUUUCAGACUGUUACAAACUGCAAGAAAACAUUCCACAGGUGUGAUGCAAGGAUAUCAGAAAAGAGUUAAGCAUGAUCUUGUGGUUUCAAAAGUCUCAUUUCAAGAUCGCUACAUCACAUUAAAGAAGAAAUAUUCAAAAGAUUUAGUAGAUAACUGGGUUGAAUCAACAGAUCCAAGAAAACAUGUUUUUGAAGAUAUUGCUAUAGCUGCUUUUUUGAUUGAGCUUUGGUCAAAAAUAUAUAAAAGUAAAGAUGAGUUUGAAUUUCGUGAUUUAGGAUGUGGUAACGGAUUAUUAGUUCAUAUUUUGAUAACAGAAGGUUAUAAAGGUAUUGGUAUAGAUGCCCGUGCUAGAAAGAGCUGGAAAAUAUAUCCUGAAGAAGUACAAAGCAGGUUAAAAGAGCAAGUCAUUAUUCCUUCAGUGUUGUUGAGACCACAUCCAGCUGUAAAGAAUUUGGCACCUCAUUUGACAGAUAAUGGACGUGUUUUCCAAGUUCCAGUGAGUAAUGGAUCCAAAUUUAUAAGGGACGGUGGUGUCGAUGUUCCAGUUGUUGCUUAUUACUCCUCAGCUUCAUUAUUACAAUCGUCAAACGUUAAUACUGCUCAAUUUCCUAAAAAUACAUUUAUUAUCGGGAAUCAUUCAGAUGAAUUAACAUGUUGGGUCCCAUUAUUAGGAUAUCCUUUCUUGGUUAUCCCAUGUUGUUCACAUGCUUUAUCUGGUGCUCGUGUUAGAUAUCCUUCAAAAAGAAUUGCUCGAAAAGAAGGCGAAAAGACUUCAUUUGGGGCAUCCACAUAUGCUGCAUUAGUUGAUCAUGUGGAAGAUAUAGCUAAAGAAGUUGGAUGGAAAGUUGAAAGAGAAAUGUUGAGAAUCCCAAGUACAAGAAAUGCAGCACUAAUAGGAUAUCAAAAGGAGAAAGCACAUGCAAAGAUCAAAUCAGUCUAUGAUAUGCUUGUGUUGGAAGGAGGCGCUGAAGGUUGGGUUGAAAAUACAAUGGCUUUGACAAAGAAAGCACCAAGAAAUCAUUAA